AGGGGGAGCUAGUGUAUAAGAGAUCCGACCGGCCGGCGACGGGGCACUCUUAUCCGGCCCGGACGCAACUCGCCAGGCCAGAUACCGACCAGUCGCCGACCUGCCCAGACCAGCCAAGACCUCCGAGCUCGCUGUCGCGAUGGACUCCAGCAGAGCGAGCAACGGACGCUGCCCUGCGGCCAAGACUCAGCUGUCGCACUCUCCCGACUCACUGGAUAUUCAGAAAGUAUUCAGCAAACUCUUGAGCCAUGAGGACAGCUUUGACAUGAAAUCGGACUUUCGCAGUCCUGAUAGGGCUUCCAAAUGUACCUGGCAUCUCGGUGCAGACCCAGUAACUUCGCCCCAUGCCGCUUGGCAGCUGCCACCCCGAGAAAAAAUUCUUCCCAGUAUUCUGUCUGCCAUUGGGAAAACACCCAUGGUACGCCUGAAUAAAAUACCUAAGUCAUGUGGACUUAGCUGUGAAAUGGUUGUAAAAUGUGAGUUCCUCAACCCUGCGGGUGGUGUCAAAGACCGCAUUGCUCUGCGUAUGGUUGAGGAGGCUGAAGAAAAGGGCCUGUUGAAACCUGGUGGAGUCAUCAUUGAGGCAUCAUCUGGAAACACUGGCAUUGGGUUAGCCAUGGUUGCUGCGGUCAAAGGAUAUCGCUGCAUAAUUUGUAUUCCAGAUAGAAUGUCAAUGGACAAGGUGCACACUUUGAAUGCUCUUGGAGCUGAGGUCCUAAGAGUUGAUUCCACAGCACCAUUUGAUUCACCUGACAUGAUAAUAGCAGUAUCGCAGCGCCUUCAAAGAGAAAUCCCCAACUCUGUCCUCAUGAAUCAGUUUACGAAUCCAUCCAACCCAUUGGCACAUUACGAAACAACUGCUCAAGAAAUCGUUGAUGACUGUGGUGGGCAGGUGGAUAUGUUAGUAUUUGGUGUUGGAACUGGGGGAACGGCAACUGGGCUCUGUAGAAAAAUCAAAGAACUCUGUCCUAAUGUGAAAAUAAUUGGAGCUGAUCCAAUGGGCUCAAUUUUGGCCCAGCCUUCUCACCUAAACAAACCUGAAGUGCCCCUUGUAGUUGAGGGCAUUGGAUAUGUCUUCGUACCCACAACUGCUGAUCGUAGCCUGAUUGACCAGUGGUACAAAAUUGAGGAUGUAGAAUCGUACACCAUGGCUCGAAGGCUCAUAAGGGAAGAAGGCUUUCUCAGUGGAGGAAGCAGUGGCUGUAUAAUGUCUGCAGCAGUUAAAGCAGCUGCAAGUCUCAAAGAAGGGCAGCGGUGUGUUGUUAUUCUGCCUGACAAUGUUCGCAAUUAUUUGACAAAUUUCACAAAUGACACUUGGAUGGAAGCUAGAGGCCACAUAGAAUCACCUCUUAGUAAAAAUCUGUGGUGGAGUAAUGAGAAAGUUUCCGCUCUAAAAUUAAAACAGCCUUUGACUGUGUCGGGAGGCACAUCAUGCAAGCGAUCACUUCAAAUAAUGAAAGAAGCAGGAAUCAGUCAGUUGCCAGUUAUCAAUGAUUUAGGAGUUGUAUUUGGAGUGGUUACCAAGAAAAGCAUAUUGUCUGAAUUGUCCAAGGGACUACUGAAGAUGUCGGACCCAUCAGAGAAAGCUAUGCUUCGUUCUUUUAGAAAAAUAUCUUCAGACUUUACUUUGCUGAGAGCGUCCAAGUUUUUGGAAAUAGAGCAAUUUUUAGUUGUAACACAGAAUCAAGGUUUUACCCAGGAUGAAGACACAACUAUUCGUGUUCUGACUAUGGAUGACGUGCUUCGCUUUAUCGAACCAAGAGAAGAGCAGAAGUGAAUCAACAGAGCAAUUUUCAUUUUCAACAGCUGAGUGCUAUUGGGAUGAAAUCACUACACUAAUAACCAUUCCACAUUUAAAACAUAUCCCUUAACAAUUGUUUAAAAAAAAUUAUUAAAAUAAAAUAAACUACAAGAGAAUA